UUCUGGGCUUGCUUCAUUAAUAAAUCAUUACAGACAUGAAUAGAAGGGAGGGGGGGGGGCUGCCAUCCAGCAAUGCAUACAGAUCAGGAGACACCAGCAGCAGAUAGGUAUAUAUCUCAUUGACACCUAUAGAUAUGUGAAGGAGGAGGAUGUCUUGCUAGAGACAGCUGGAGACGCACAGAUAUAGAGACAGACAUCAAUCUGUGAUCACACAGAGACAGCUGAGGAGGAGGAGGAGGAGGAGAGGGAGGCGCCUGUGUGCUCAGCUCUGUGCACUGCUCUCAAUGCAGAGGACACUGGCAGCAGCACUGGCCACUGGCUGCAUCACACUGCACUGCACCCCUGUGCCAGGGCACUUCCUGCACACAGUAUCCUGCCAGAGGCACACUGCCUCCCCCCGCUGGGCACAGCACUGUUACAGCACAGCACCUCGCCCUGGCACUUCUUGGCACAGCAUGAAGGUGCAGGGUCCUUUGCUCUGAGACCUGAAGCUGUUGUCUAGUGUCUAAGGUCACCCAACCCUCUCCCCUUCCCCCUCACCCUCCAGGACACUGGACAACUCCAUUCCUCUGAGGACUUGGUGGUAAAACGUCUUCUCGUCUUCUGCUUGAUGGUGAGCUCAUGGAUAGGAGGUGGUGGCACUAGCAGUGAUAUGACAGCAGAUCAGUGAGUGCCAGGCACCGAGCAAAAGGAUGGCGUCUCAUGGGAAGCCAAGGAAAGACAGAACCGCGGACUACGAAAGUCAGUUUAAAGAGAUCCGCAGCCAGCUGAUUGAGCAAGGUAAAUGCAUAGAUUCUCAGGUGGAGCACCGACAACAGCUGCUGCAAGAAUUGAGUGAAUUCCUUCGCAGGAAGGCAGAGAUCAAUCUGGAAUAUUCCCGCAGUCUUGAAAAGCUGUGUGACCGUUUCUCCUCCAAAAUCCGCAACUCAAAGGACCAUCAGAGGAAGGAGCAACCCCUUCUGUCUCCGGUCAACUGCUGGUACCUGAUCCUAAACCACACACGUCAAGAAAGCCGGGAUUAUGCGGCCCUCAGUGACGUGUACAGCUCGCAUCUCAUUCCGAGGCUCGCACAUACAGGGGAGGACCUCGUCCGCCUCACAAAGAAGAGUAAAGACAUUGGCGCUCAGCAGCAGGAGGAUCUGAUGAAGCUGGUGUUGGAGUUGCAAGGCGCCAUGAAGACAUACCAGCUGUAUCACAAUGACUGUCUAAACUCUGAGCACAAACUGCGGGAGGCAGAGAAGCAGGACGAAAAGCGCACAGGCAAAGUAAGCGAGCAGACUGCAAGCUCCCCGGUGGCUGAGAGGGGGCCUAGACGUAGCUCACUGAAGAAGAGCGAGAGGCUGGUUGAGAAGAGGUUGAAAAAGUAUCUUGAGAACAGUCAAAAAUGCACAAAGGCCCGAAAUGAAUAUCUUAUCAACUUGAACACCGUGAACACCAACCUCAAUAACUACUUUAUCAAUGACAUCAGCGACCUCAUUGAUUGCUGCGAUCUUGGCUUUCAUCUGUCUCUGGGGAAGACGUUGCGAGUGUUCCUGCAGGCUGAGGAACGAGUCCAAGCCUCUCGACAGCAAGGUCUCCAGGCUAUUGAAGGGGCAGUUGAUAACUUAGAUGCACAGGCAGACAAAAACAAGAUGAUGGAGAUGCGGGGUGACGCCUUCUGUCCUCCUGCUCGAUUUGAAUUCCACCCCCAUGAGGGUGAUGAGGUGUUGGAGGUCCGAUCUGAGCCACUUUUUCACCAGGAACUAAUCACCAGAUUUCAACAUAUUCAGUCCAGGCUGGAAAGGGAGCAUCUAGAAACUGAAGAGGUGAACAAGACUCUUAAAGCUACUCUCCAGUCCCUACUAGACCUCAUUGGAUCUGAUGACUUUGACUUGUCCGACGCAUUUCAGUCCAGCCAGUCCACCGAGUCCUUAAAAUCCACAGGAUCAGACACCAGCAGUAAGACGAGCACAGCCAAGAGACGGGCAAACCAGCAAGACACGGAGACCUUCCAUGUUACAAAAUUGCAGAAGUAUCUAGCAGGGAGAAGCACUAUAUGUAAAUUACAAGCAAAGCGAGACCGCCUGAAGGAAGCCAUAGAUAAAGCUGCUGAGUCACACAGUAACAUCUCUGGGCUGCAGUCCAACAACAGUAAAUCCCAAAGGGCGAGAAGGCAGAGACCGUCCUCCCAGUAUAGCCACAAACUGUUUAACGGGAAUUUGGAGGAAUUUGUGCAGAGUUCAGGAGAAGCCAUUCCACGGGUAGUGUCCAGCUGUAUCCGUUUCAUAAACUUGCACGGUCUACAGCACGAGGGUAUAUUCCGUGUUCCAGGUUCACAGGUCCAGGUGAAUGAGAUUCGCAGUGCCUUUGAAAGAGGGGAUGACCCAUUGGACUCCAGCUACACAGGGAAUGACGUGGAUUCGGUGGCUGGGGUGCUGAAGCUAUACUUCCGAGGACUGGAAAAGCCACUAUUUCCAAAUGACAUGUUUAAUGAAUUGCUGUCCUCUCUCCAACUGGAGAUCCAGGAUAGGGUCCCACACUUGAAGAAGUUGGUGGCACAGCUCCCCCCUAUAGUCACCCUUGUCCUAAGAUACCUCUUUGCCUUCUUGAACCAUUUGUCCCAGUACAGUGAUGAGAACAUGAUGGAUCCAUAUAAUUUGGCAGUCUGUUUUGGUCCAACAUUGGUUUCCAUCCCUGAAGGACAGGACCCGGUAUCUGUUCAGGCUCAUGUUAAUGAAGUUGUGAAGACUAUUAUCAUUUACCAAGAACGUAUUUUCCCUGGGCCUACAGAACUGGAUGGCCCUGUGUAUGAGAAGUGCAUGACCGUGGAGGAGGAUGAAGAGUACUGUGAUACAUUAGCCCUGGAGGCUACCAUAGAAGAAAGUGAUCAAGAGAUGCAGCAGGAAAUGGCUGUCAGCGAGGAUGAGUUGGACACAGUGGAGGCUUUUGCAAAGUUUGACUACUCAGCUCGAACGCCACAGGAGCUGUCAUUCAAAAAGGGUGACACAAUUGUGGUGCACAACAAGGCCUCUGGUGACUGGUGGAGAGGAGAAACAGCAGGGGUGCGAGGUCUAGUCCCACACAAGUAUCUCAACAUUCCUGAGAGCUCAGAGAAAAAGCUGGAGCAACGUGCUCUCAAGAAGGAAGGAGAGGCGAGCACAGCCAUCACCCCUGAGGAUAUUCUGGUUGAACCUAGCAGGUUACGAGUAAAUUCUGAUAGCGCAUGCUCCCCUAGAAAGCGCAGUGAGGGAAGUCCUAUCAGAAAGAUCAACCCAUUCAUAGAGGCAUCCAGAAUUCCUUUCCCCAUGGCUCACCCUGGUCCAAGGUUGCUAGGUCACAUUGAAAGAAUACCAGGAGACAGAAGGAACCAAAUGGAUGGUAUGCCUAAGGGGACAUUGGCAUUGAAAAGCUGGCAAAGUGACCGGCCACUCAUAGAAGUAGAUAAGGACGUGACAAAAAACAUGGACAGUGUUUUCAAAGAGCUAUUGGGUAAAACGGCGCUGAAACACUGUGUCCCGGAGGAAGUGACUGAACCCACCAAAGCAGGGAAACUCCGGGAGACUAAACCGAAUGCACCAAGUGCAUGCGACCCAGUACGUGGGAGUCCGGCGGCCAAAAAGGGACCUCAAGGAAGAGUAUUUAGAAGAUGAAUUGUAACUUUUGGGGACAAAAAAAAAAAAGGAAAGGAGAAUCCAUUCAUUUCCACAAGCCUCCAUCGGCAUGGGCACAAAUCAGUAUUGGAGCUCUGGACAAUAGAGGAAUGAAGGACGUGUGUGAAUAUUAACCCUACAAGCUCUCUUGCAUUCGUUUCUGUGUAUCAGUCUAUGUUACUGCCAUAAACAAAAGCACAGUUGUGUGAAGCUAAAUGGAGCUUCUCGCCUCCUCCCCUCCCCAAAAGAACCAGCAUGGGCCACUGUCCAACCAAUGGGGAAGCACUGGGGGUAGAAGAUACCUACAUAUAUAGACUGCGUGCUAGCUGCUGAAAGCAGCAGUGGCACCUACCCAAGUCCACAACAUUCAUUUUUAUCCUACUGGCAUUUAGGUCUCCUGGCAUCUAGACCAGGGUCCUAAUCUGCUGAAUGAUACCAGCAGGGUGGCACAAGCACAGCCCGUAAGACCACUAAAGAUCCCCGAUCCAUUCUAGUGAUCAUUCUAAUCAGCCAGCAUAAGAUUCCACAUGUGACUUAAGUGAACAAGCUAGAAGUCUUUCAAUUACUUGCAGGACAAUGGAGAGUCCGUAGACUUUUCAGUAAUUUACGCACAGUAGGAGUUUAGUCGCUUGAUACAACUGCACUGUGUAGCACAGGCGCCGACGACUGGAUUCCAAAUCUAGGAGAUUUGAACGUAUGUCACUAGGUGGCGCCAAAUGCAUCAUUUUACAUUUUCUCUUCUUGCCGUUCUUUUGCAGUUGGGUCCAAUAUAUUCAAUAACACCAUAGUCAUGUGUAAUGACUGCAAACAUUCAACUGCUUAAUGGUGUGGCGAUGGGAGUAGGAGAUGGUGGUUUCCUCUGUUGGAAGAAAACCGCAAAAGUUAAGUAGGGACUGUUUAGCUGGACCCUUUAUACUGUACAAUAUAUAAGACGACCUAAAUGCGCAUCUUUUUGCAUCCAUUGAAGAUGAAGGCACACGUUAUAUGAAAAUGAUGCCCACUGUCUCCCAUGAGGCGAGGGUGGAUGGACUAUAGAGGCAGACCAUGUGGUUGCUAUGAACCCCUUGGACCCAAGGGUCCAGGUCUGGUUGAUGUAGGGGGGUGAGAACCUGUGCAGGACUCAACUUUCUAGAGAAACUGCUUUGUUCGCAGUCAGGCAGAGAGUUAACUCAAGGGUCCUGGGUGGUAAGAAAUGGCUCCAUAUUGGGGGGCCGAUUUUAAUCUUUGCUAAAGGACCCCUAGGUGCACCACUGGUGUAAGUGAGUAGAAGCCCACUGGCACUUCGGUCACUGAGAGGAGGCCCUUUGAGACUGUGUUCAAAAGCAAAUACACCCUAGCCCAGGGAUCAGCAACCUCCGGCACUCUAGCUGUUCAGAAACUACAACUCCCAGAAUGCUCCAUUCACUUCUAUGGGAGUUAGAAGAGCUGCUGAGCAUGUUUGCAUGCUGGGAAUUGUAGCUGGAGUGCCAAAGCUGGAGUGCCGAAGGUUGCUGAUCCCUGCCCUAGUCUUUCUCUAUUAGGGCAUCUUGUAGUAGCCUUUAUUUAAAGGGAUUUCUCCCAUUGAGAUGUACAAUUUCCUCUUGAUGCCCCUGGUAUUGAUACUUAGGCUGGCCAUACACAUUAGAUAAAUGUUGGCCAGACCAGCCAACCAUCUGAUACAUAUGAGGGCCUCAAGGGAGUUAAAGAUCGGGUAGUUAGAUUUCAAUAUGUCCGAUCUGAGUACGACAUGGGCAGUCCAAUGAUUUCAGUAGGAAUGGAGUACUACUCCAUUUCCCCUGUAGUGGCGGUACACAAAAAUUGGACACAGAUUUUAGUAUGAGCCUGUGCGUCUGAGGUACGUGUCAGGAGGAUUUCCAGAUGUAUACCUGCAACCUAUCCCACUGUAUAGACCUCCAGUGGAAUACAUCGUCCAUUGACUUCCAUUUACAGCGCAGUAUGUCGCUCUGCAUAGGAAAGCGUUUCCUAUAUAGUGAAUUAAAAGGUAUGCCCAAAUUACAUCUUGUCAUGUGCUGGGUGUUCAAAGUAUGCACCAAGACCGACUUUAGACACAUGCAUUAUACAAAAAGAAGAUGUGAAUAUAGCCUAACAUUGAGUCCCUGCUUACAAAAAGUGUCAGCUUCUAGCCAGCCAUUGGAUAUGGGCAGCAAGCCCGCUGCCUAUGGGCAGUUUCCAACGAGCGAGUCCAAUGUGAGAAACGCGCUUUGUGUGGACACUCGUGACCUCGCAACAUUAUAAUGAUUUUUAAUGCUGUGUGUCCCUGCCCGACCUCCACUGUAAUGACUUGUGCUCACAUAUUUCAGUGGAGGUCGGGCAGAGACACACAGCAUUAUAAAUUAUUAUAAUGCUGUGCAGUUCUGUCACGGGAGUAGAGUUCACUACAGGAAAUCGCGCUCCCACGCGAACAUGCUAAGAGUACGUUCACAGUUGCCGUUUCUAAAUCUGGCAGGUUCAUUCGGUAGCCUGUUCCAGCAUCAACGCCGACUGUCGGCUGGACAAAUACCGCUGCAUGUAGCGGUAUUUGUCCAUCCGAAACCCAGCAUUUAUUCUGGUAACAGACGGAUCACUACUGGAUCCCAUUAUAGUCAAUGGGGAUCCAGAUCAGGUUACCGGAGAUGUGAACAAGCUCUAAGGCUGCUAUGGGAGAGAACAUAUAUCAGUCAGGUUGCACCAAAUCCCAUUGUAUCCGGAGAUCAGCAGCGCCUAGUCGUUUGGUUAUACCUCUUUUUGUCCCUCAUUUCCAUCCUGUUAGCGGGUGUACUGACCAUUUUAAUUUUCAGAUUUAAUUUUCCCUAUUAUUUUAUGUUUAAAGCCAACAUAUGCAGCAACCAAGAAUCCUACAUAGGAAGAUCGGCUAUAACUCCAGCCAAAUAAACCGCACAAUGUAUACACAAAAUCUUUUUAUUAUCAUCCAUUGUGACAGGAAUGAGACAUCCGGGUCAAUCAGGCAGCUUAUGGUUCAAAUACAUUUCCCACAUUAAUGGCACAAAAGACAGCCAAUGGUUCUGCGGACCUCGCACCUUUCUUAGAUUGUCUGUUCUUGUAGCUUUGCUUGGAUCCCCGCUUUGUGGUUCCCCCCUACAGUGUUACCACCCUCUGUCAUUGCUUCUCCCUGCCAAAUAAAGCGCUCUGGCAGUUGGGUUACCAACGCUCUAGGGUACCCAUGAUCCUAUCCCCCCCCGUGUGUAAUGAGAAGAGCCGUAGACUAUCCAUACCUUACUGUGACCUUCAAGUUGGGGAGAAUAGAUUGACUUCUUGAAAUAUUCGGGGCCCGUGUGGAGUCUUGAAAGAACGUCUGUGGCUAUGGAUGCAUAAGACUAUAUAACCGAGGCCUUGUAUUCUCUACUCCUUCUCCAGUUCUCACCAAAAUACAGCUGUUUGUGCAUACAAUGCCAAUAAAAUAUGGUAUUUAUACCCU